CACCAUCAAGUCAUAAUCACAACGUACAGAUACGUAUAGUUUCUCGCCAGUAGAAACACACAGCAACUUCUAGAAAUAUAAGUUUUGGGUAAAGAAGAAGUGAACGAUAUCUAGUCGUUUUUUGUAAGAUAAAACGAAACUCUACAAUGAAAAUUGGUGUAAUCGGUUUGUUUGCUGUGCAAACAAUUUGUAUUGCGUCGAUAGGCGUUCGUGCUACCGACGACGAAGGGUUUUGGGCAGCGUAUGUCGACGCUGUGGCAUCCUUUCCUCCUCCAACUCCAAGCCCAACUCCUUCGCCAACCCCUCCACCUACACCAGGACCCACCCCUCCUCCUUCCCCAGGUCCAACUCCGCCUCCAUCUCCAGGUCCAACUCCCCCGCCCUCGCCAGGUCCAACUCCCCCGCCCUCGCCAGGCCCAACCCCUCCACCUACUCCUUCUCCGACCCUACCCCCAACUCUUUCACCAACUGGAGAAUGUAUGAUUGAUUCCAGUUUGAACUGUACCGCGAUCAUGGACAACGAACAGAUUGCUUGUGAAGAUAUUCCUCAAGAAGACAAACCGGUCUGUGAGUGCGAGGAAUGCGUCCGCGAACUCAAGUUCAAAUAUUCAGGUCUGGGAUGCUCUGAAGGCUUUGCCGCCUCUGGGAAAUGUAUCGACGAAGGUCCAAACCCUUUCGUUGCAGCGUAUAGAAUUGUUGAUUGCGAAGAUGCCACACAAGUGUUCGCAAGUGGAGAGGCCCAACAAGGUGACGAUGUCACCAUUGGCGCUGCCGAUGGUACCUGCCUUCCUUCUUGCCUCGACGUCACAAUAUCUGUUCCAGACGGUUCUGCUACUCAAACAUUUGAAAUUGACUCUGAGUGUGGAGGCAAGAAUGGGCUAUCGCUGACCUCUGACUACGGUGCAUUAGAGUCUAUUGGAUAUAGUUGUUCCGAGACUGAUACUCACAACUGUGAGCAAGGUGUGAGCUACGGCCUUCAAGUUUGCAAUACUGGGACCACGAACGAAGCUAUCUACMAAUGGUUCUUGACUAUCAAUAAGGAGGAUAUCGAUCUCCUUGAAAACAUUCCUCCUGAAGAUGCUAUGCUGAGCCCUGGUGAAUGCUUCUACGAUACUUAUGAUGUUGAGGUUGAUAGAUGCAACGACCUUGAGAACUGUGUAAAUAUUACUGCAAGUGCCACCAAUCCUGUUACGGGACUGCCUCCCAACUGUCCUGGGAAGGAUGAAAUUAAAUUCGGAUGGGACCAACCUGUUACUCCUCCACCGACACCUCAACCAAGGUACGAUGCGAAUUGACCAUGAGUUUUUCUUUGUCUAACAAUUUAAAUGAUUUAUUCAAGAUGAAGAAAUCGUGAAAACAUAAGAUGUCAUCUCCUCAUAAUUCUCUUGUAUUCUUUUCAAUCGUUUGAAGUCCAUUUCCGAGCCCUGCUCCUUCUCCUGAACCCACUUCAUCUUGUAUCAUCGACAUCGCCUUAACAGGCUGUCCUAAGUACAACAGCUCCCUCGAUAAUAACUGUGAUGGUCGCCCUCAGGUUAUUACCUUCCGAUACAAUGGCGGUGGCUGUUCGCAAUCCGAUAAUCUCCAGCCCCGUCAGAAAUUCUCUUGCAACGAUUUUAAUGGCGGCCCACCUUUGGCUAGUGGAACCGAGAAUUACAUUACCGCUUUCCCUACCGGUGGUGAUGAUAUGUACUUUUCUGGUCCCGUUCCUGUUGACGGAAAAUUUACUCUGAACGAAGACAAGACAUUCGACAAGCUGUCCGCAGACAUGACCAUUCUAAUUUUUGAAUCUGAAGGAGGAGAUCUUCUGCAAGAAACUUUGGUCCACUUGUCUUGUUCACAGCCUUUGUUUCUCUUCGAUAAAUUCGGAGCCAAUCAAGUUACCGAGUGGAUUGAGACUGACGGACGUAUUAUCUCAGAUAAACAAUUAGAUGUACCGACUGGAACCAUCGAAGUUAAGUUGGAUACUGCUUCUGAUAUUGUUAAACCUGUACGUCUAUUGGAAAUGACCGUUCUUACCAACACUCAGCCAGAACCUAUUGAUUACACCGACGAAGUUGCCGGUAUGGUGUUGGAACCCGGUGCUACGAUUGAACUCCCUGGAUUUGGCGUUGAUAUUGAGUUGAGUGAACGCACUCGAUACACUUUUUUCACCACCCUCAUUGGUGAAACCAUCGAUGGAACAAAUACGUGUAACGGCUUUAGUUUCCUCGAAUGUACCAUAGGUUUCAACCUAAAUCCUACCUUCCCAACAAUGGUUCCCACUCCUAGCCCCACCAUCACUCCUUACCCUACCCUUGACCCCGAAACGACCGCAUGUGAUAUUUCGGCUGGUAUCACCUGCACUGUCCUGAGCCUUCAAGGCAUCUCGUGUGAUCAAGUCAAGGCUCCUGUGGGCGACUCGUGUCCUGGAGAUGCAGAACUUUUGGUUGCUUACUUGAAGUAUGAUGGAUCCUUGGGUGAUUCUAUAUUCCUUGAAGUUGUUUGUGACAAGAGCACCACUUACAUUGAUAGAACAAUCACAUCUGGCGAAACGUUCACAUUCCGAACUCGUUCCAAUUCUUGCGAAGCAGUGAGCUUCCUCGUCUACUCAUCCGACCCAGAAAUAGGCGGAGAUUUGCUUUCUGAAAAUAUUAUUGAAACUGGAUGUCCUGGACCUUGGACUCUUGGUGCAACAAUAGCUGAAGUUUUCACGUUGGAUGCAUUCAUAGACACCGAAGAUGACGGUAGCACCUUCCGUAUCUAUAUCGAAGAAGUCGAGCUCCAAUUGGACUACGUCGCUUUCAACAAAGGGGGAAGCCCUCUGGAUAUCACAGACGGAAGCAUUUCUGAUCUUUACAUUGGGAGCGAAACGAGUCUCGGCGGAUCUGUUGCGCUUGACGAGCUUCCUAUCCGUCUGGAUCCUCGUACACAAAAAGUCCUCCAGACUAAUGUCGAGACAAUCCAGAUGACUGGACGAACAGGAGAUGUUGUAACCUUCUCUCUUGCACUCUUUGGCGCUUCCGCUAACCAAUUCGCUCUUCCUUGUGAGGACGAAACAAGUGUUACUGUCACUCUUUAAGUUGAAGAUCCUGCAAGCCAUUUUCAAGGCUCAAUACAACCCGUUACUAAAUGCAGGGCAAGACC